GGAACUAAAAGAUCUCAGUGUUUAAAAGUAAGAAAAAUAAUUGAAGGAAGUGGAAAUCCCGUGCAGUAAGAUUAGUUAACGACAUUCCCUCAACAUGAUCACAUCGUCAGUGAAAAUGGUAUGCAAUCAGCCUAAAUUUCGGCCGAAAUUCGUCAUCGCUCUAAUUAUCGCAGUUUCCUGCGUUAAAUCCGCAACUGGCCAUUCUUCCUCGUCGUCCAAGAUUUGCGAAGGCAAGCUAACCUGCCGGGAGUGCAUCCAGACGAGCACGUGCGGCUGGUGCUCGGAACCAAAUUUCCAAAAACCUCGAUGUCACGUGCCCGAUGGAAACUACUGUCCCGGAAAGUUGACCGUUGAUCCUAGAAAUGAGUUUCGCGAAACGGUUGCUAAAAACUUGAGUAAAGCGAAAUCUGCGGAGGAAAUUGUUCAAAUUUAUCCUCAAGAGGCCCAGUUGAAGCUUCGACUUGGUGAGGUCUACAAAAUGAACGUCAAGUACUCGCAGGCCGAAGACUAUCCGGUGGAUCUGUACUGCCUGAUGGACCUGUCCGAGUCGAUGAGGGACGACAAGGAAACGCUUUCGCAGCUGGGCGUCGAGCUGUCCAGGGAAAUGCGCAAAAUUACCAGCAACUUCCGGCUCGGGUUCGGUUCGUUUGUCGAGAAAAAGUUGAUGCCGUUCGUGUCGACUGCUCCCAAGCUUCUUAAAAACCCAUGUGCCUUUGAUAAAGGUAGUACUGCUGUGUGUGAGCCUCCGUACGGAUAUAUAAACCAUGUAUCUCUCAGUACCGAUACGAAAAAAUUUCAGGAUAAUGUCAAAAGUGCAAAGAUCUCCUCGAACUUGGACGGUCCCGAGGGAAGUCUGGACGCUCUGCUGCAAGCCGUCGUGUGCCGGGACCAGAUUGGCUGGCGCACCCAAGCCCGUCGGCUGCUGCUGCUCUCCACGGACGGUGGCUUCCAUUACGCGGGAGACGGAAAGCUGGCCGGGUUGAUCGUUCCCAACGACGGCGAGUGCCACAUUAAUUCGCACAAUCUGUACACGCACUCAACUCUGCAGGACUAUCCCAGCAUCUCGCAGGUCAACAAGAAGGUGCAGGACAAUCAGAUUAAUGUCAUCUUUGCGGUAACGGAGAAUCAGCUGUCGGUGUACGAAGGACUCGCCAGGCUGAUCGAUGGCGCUUCGGCGGCAAUGCUGUCGAAUGAUUCGUCCAACAUUGUUUCGCUGGUGUACGAGCAGUACAAUAAAAUAUCUUCUUCAAUCGAGAUGAAGGACAACCAUAUCGAAGGAUUGCUGGACAUCAAGUACUUCUCUACGUGCAAGGACAAUAUCCGAAAGCAACGGAGCAAGUGUGAUGAGCUGAAGCAAAACGAAAUGGUGCAGUUCGAAGUGGAAAUAACCCUGCUCAGGUGUCCGGCUAAUCCCCAAGAGUGGACACAGGUUCUGAAGAUCUCGCCGGUGGGUAUAGACGAGAGUCUGACGGUGAACCUCGAGUUGCUCUGUGGAUGUCCUUGCGAGGGAACAGGCCAGAAGAAUGCCGCCGAGUGUAGCGGUGUCGGCACGUUACAGUGUGGCGUUUGUAACUGUGGAACGUCCUUCAAGGGUGAAAAGUGUGAAUGUUCCGCCAAGGACGUCGACUCGAUGGACCCGAACGCUUGUCGUCCGACAAACACCUCGAGUGUAUGCAACGAGCGUGGUCUGUGCAAGUGCGGAAUGUGCGAGUGUUAUAAGCGUGAAAACCCCGAGGAGCAAGUCACGGGAAAGUACUGUGAGUGUGAUAACUUCUCGUGUGAACGUAUUGAUGGUGUGCACUGCUCGGGAUUGAAGCAAGGUCGAUGCGUUUGCGGACAGUGCGAGUGUAAUCCAGGCUGGACGGGCCCUUCCUGCGACUGUAGCACCUCAGAGGAUACCUGCAAACCCGAAGGCGGUGAUGAAGUAUGCUCUGGACAUGGAACUUGCGAAUGUGGUGCUUGCAAAUGCAAGAAAACCCAGGACGGUCGCUUCUCCGGCCGUUACUGCGAGAAAUGCGUCACGUGUCCGGGUCUCCGUUGCAACGAGUACGAGAGCUGUGUCCUCUGCAGACAGUUCAAGACGGGUCCCUGGAGCGAAGCGGAAUGUUCGGCAAAUUGUUCAUCCCUCUCACUGCAGUCCGUUGGAAGUCUAGAACCGAACGAAGAAGCGGGCGACAAACGGUGCACUUUUUGCCACAACCAGUGCCGCUACGAGUUCAUGUACAACGAAUACGCCAACUCGGAAAAGCUGAUCGUGCUGGAAAAGCCCGACUGUCCGGCGGUGCCGCUCACGCUGGGUUUUGUGCUUAUCGUGGUCGGAGCGGUUGUUCUGCUGGGAUUGGCCGCACUGCUGGUGUGGAAACUGGUGACUUCGGUUUGUGACCGGCGUGAGUACGCGCGCUUUGAGCAGGAACGCGCGAACGCGAAGUUUGAUGAGAGUGACAAUCCUCUGUACAAGGAGCCGACUAGCACUUUUGAGAAUCCAACUUUUGCUGAUAAAAUGGCGGGGGAAGGUGCUUCCGCCAGUCAAAGGCGAGGAUAAAGUAUUUUUGCCAAAUAAUUCCAUAUCAAAAUUGGAUUAAUUAAAUGUAAAAUUCAAACAAUAAAAUCAA